AUGCGCCACCGCCAACUCGCCCCCAGCGCCGGCGUCCGCGUCUCGCCCCUCUGCCUCGGCGCCAUGACCUUCGGGGAAGCACACGCCUACCGCUACGGCGAGAUCAGCAAAGACACGGCCUUCGCCAUCAUGGACCACUUCUACUCGCAAGGAGGGAAUUUCAUCGAUACCGCGAACGGAUAUCAGGCGGGGGAGAGCGAGAUGUGGGUCGGCGAGUGGAUGAAGGCGAGGGGGGUAAGGGAUGAGAUUGUGCUGGCGACGAAGUUUACGACGGGGUAUAUGAACCAUGAGAAGGAUAAGAUCCAGGCAAAUUUCGGCGGCAACAGUACCAAGUCGAUGAAGGUGUCUGUGGCCGCGUCGUUGCGGAAGUUGCAGACGUCGUACAUCGAUAUCUUGUACGUCCACUGGUGGGACUACACGACCACAAUCCCCGAACUCAUGCACUCCCUCAACGACCUCGUCGUCUCCGGCCAAGUUCUCUACCUCGGAAUCUCCGACUGCCCAGCCUGGGUGGUAUCCAAAGCCAACCAGUACGCCCGGGACCACGGCCUCCGCCAAUUCGUCGUCUAUCAAGGAAGUUGGAACGCCGCGAUGCGAGACUUUGAGCGCGACAUCAUCCCGAUGUGUAAAGACGAAGGCAUGGGUCUCGCUCCAUACGGCGUGCUGGGUCAGGGGCAGUUCCAGACCGAAGCGAGCUUCAAAGAGCGCGAGAAGACCAACGAAGGACGCAAGUUCUACGCCAAAGUCGGUUCGACUAGAGAGGUGUCCAGAGUUCUGGAGAAGCUCGCGAAUGGCAAGGGCGGGAAGAAUGUCACAGACAUCGCGCUGGCGUACGUGAUGCACAAGGCUCCGUACGUGUUCCCAAUCGUUGGCGCGCGGAAGCUGGAGCACAUCCAAGGCAGUGUGGCGGCCUUGUCGAUUUCGUUGACGGAUGACGAGAUCCGUGAGAUUGAAGAUUCCCAUCAUUUCGACCAUGGCUUCCCUCAUACGUUCCUGAGCGGCACUUUGUUCGACGAUCAAGCGAAGCCGAAGCAGGUCGAAGGGCCGCAGGACGUGUUCUUGCUGAAGCCAUUGGGCGAGUUCGAAUGGGUGGAGGCGCCGAAGCCGAUCAAGCCUUCCGGGCAGUAG